AUGGCGCUCCGCCUGGCCACCCGCUUCGAUCCCGCGGAGGACGUGCUCCCGUGGCUGCGGGCGCCGCGGGCGGCGGCGGGCGCCGGGGGCCCAGGCGGCGGCGCAGGUGUUUUAGAAAAUAAUUAUGAGAGCUUACGUGUAUUAAAUGUUGAAAGAAAUGGAAAUAUAAUCUAUACCUAUAAGGAUGAUAAGGGAAAUGUCGUCUUUGGAUUAUAUGAUUGCCAAACCAGACAAAAUGAGCAUCUCUAUACGUUCGAGAAAGACUUGCAAGUUGUCAGUUGCUCUGUCAACAGUGAGAGAACUUUGCUUGCUGCAAGUUUAGUUCAAUCUACUAAAGAAGGAAGAAAGAAUGAGCUUCAACCAGGAUCAAAGUGCUUAACUCUGUUGGUUGAAAUCCACCCGGUGAACAAUGUGAAGGUUCUAAAAGCCGUGGAUAGCUAUGUUUGGGUUCAGUUCCUCUACCCACAUGUGGACAGUCAUCCCUUUCCAGAGAACCACCUGUUACUGAUUUCAGAAGAGAAAUAUAUUGAACAAUUUCAUAUUCAAGUCAUCCAAGAAGAUGGAAAUAGAGUGGUGAUUAAAAAUUCUGACCAUGUCCCACGACAGAGAAUAGCAGAGGAUUUUGUUUGGGCUCAAUGGGAUAUGGCAGAGCAGAGAUUAUACUACAUUGACCUGAAGAGAUCAAGGAGUACCUUAAAAUGUAUCCAGUUUUGUGCUGAUGAGAACUUUAACCUAAUGUUUGAAGCACCUUUGGACAUAUCAUUAAGUGACUCAGGAUUUAGACUUGUCAACUUUGGAUGUGGUUAUCUUCAAGAUCAAGAGAAGUUAUCCAAAUACUUGACUCUGUGCGUUUUUACCAACCGUACAGGAAGUUUAUGUGUGUGCUACAGCCCGAAGUUUGACUCUUGGGAACAAAUUACAUAUUCAGUGUUUUACCUUCAUAAAGGGUACAGCAAGACCUUCACCACUGCUCUUGGGAGUGCUCACUCACAGGUGACAAAGGGCAUUACUUUCCUUAAUCUUGACUAUUACGUGGCUGUUUACUUACCUGGCCAUUUCUUUCAUCUGCUUAACAUUCAGCAUCCAGACCUGAUCUGCCACAGUCUGUUUUUGACAGGAAACAAUGAAGUGAUGGAUAUGCUACCUCCUGGGCCUCUGCAGUUGCUGUCGGGGUCCCUGGUGCUGGAUUGGUGUUCCGGAAAGCUUUACAGAGUGUCCCUCAACCAGUCCUAUUUAUUAGGGCGCCUGUGGGACACGCGGCUGGACUGUGAGAAGAUGGCCCUGCUGCACUGUGUGCUCUCAUGUGGCCAAGAUUCCGAGUUCCUGGAAGCCCAGAUUAUUCAGUGGAUUUCUGAGAACAUCUCUGCCUACUACUCCUUUGACCCCAUUCAGGAAUUUAUAAUUGCUUCUUCAUAUUGGAGCAUAUACCCAGAGACCAGUAACAUGGAUAAACUUUUGCCAUAUUCCUCAGUGCUCGCUUGGAAUACAGUGCAUAGCGCUAAGAACUACUGGGAAAAACUGAACGCCAACCUGGAAUAUGUUAAGUACUCCAAGCCACUCUUACACUAUAACAACAGCGUGGUCAGGAGAGAAUGGCACAGCCUGAUCUCAGAAGAGAAAACAGGAAAAAGAAGGUCCAAGGCAUAUGUGAGGAAUAUUCUUGAUAAUGCAGUAAAGGUGAUUUCUAACCUAGAAGCAAAGAAUUCGGAGCCAAGAGUGACACCCCUCUUGCAGGAGGAAGACAGCCACCAGAGGCUGCUUGUGGGGCUGAUGGUGUCUGAAUUAAAAGACCAUCUUUUGAGACACCUACAGGGUGUGGACAAGAAGAAAAUUGAACAGAUGGUUCUGGACUACAGUUCAAAAAUGCUGGACCUCAUUUGCCAAAUACUGGAAACCAGUUGGAGGAAACAUAAUCUUCAUCCCUGGGUUCUCCACUUCAAUAGGCGGGCUAGUGCUGCUGAAUCUGCAGUCUUCCACAUCAUGACCAGGAUUUUGGAAGCUACUAACAGUUUGUUUUUACCUCUGCCUCCUGGUUUCCACACUCUGCACAUGGUCCUCGGCGUCCGCUGUCUCCCUUUGCAUAACCUGCUGCAUUACAUUGAUAGUGGGGUGCUGCUUCUCACAGAAACGGCUGUCACAAGGCUCAUGCAAGAUCUGGACAACACGGAGAAAAACGAGAAACUAAAGUUCAGCAUCAUUGUGCGGCUUCCUCCGCUUAUUGGUCAGAAGAUCUGCCGACUUUGGGACCAUCCUAUGAGUUCUAACAUUAUUUCCCGGAAACAUGUCAAGCGUUUGCUUCAUUACCAUCAGAAGCAGCCUCAGCGUUCUAUGAUUGACAAGUCAUUCAGUGUGGAAUUUCUGCCUCUGAACUACCUCAUUGAAACACUGACAGAGAUAGAGUCCUCCAAUCAAGGUCUCAAUGCUUUUAUAGGACAUGACAACGUGGAUGCAAAAUUUGUGGAGGAAGCAGCUCUGAAACACACCACAAUGCUUUUAGGCUUAUAA